AUGGCUCGUUGUCGUGGUUCUAAUUUAUGUUUACCAUUCUUUCACGUCGAAGAACCAUCAUCUUUGGAUACCCUUGGUAUCCUUUCAUUUGACGCUGUUAAAACAAUGUGUCGUCUUAUCUCCCUUUACAAAUCAUUAACGGACAUUGAAAUUCACAAACUUCGUCGCCACAUUAUCAAAUCCAAAGGUGUGUCCCACCUUAAUUCCCACGACGAAUGUUUCCUCUUAAACCUCGCUUGCGCCGAACGCCUCGAAGAUCUCAACUUAGCUGCCAUCGCCGUUUCACGUCUCGGCUCACGCUGCUCCGACAAGAGCCUCACCCAUUUCGAAGCAGUGUACGCCCAGAUUAAAAACGGCGCGGUUGAUUUGAAAAAACUCGAAUUUGGUACGAGAAAUGUUGAGAAAAUAAUUGAGAGAAUGGAGAAACUUGUUUAUGCAACAAGGAAUCUUCAUAAUGCUAUGGAAUCUUUGUCGGAAGUGGAAGUUUCGGAAAAGAAGAUACAAAAAUGGAAAACAAUGAAAGCUAAUAAUGGGCUUAAAGUGAAAGUUGAAGAUUUCAAUGAUAGAAUUGUUUUUCAUAGAAGACAAGUUCAAUAUUACAAACAAAUUUCGCUUUGGAAUAUUUCGUUUGAUAAAGUUGUUGGAUUAAUGGCUCAAAUUAUUUGCCUUGUCUAUGCUAGAAUCUCUUUUGUUUUUGGCUCUUUGAUUACGGGUUGCAACAACAACAAUAACAACAACAAUGAUGCUAAGGUUAAGGGUGUUUUUCGAAUGAAAAUGGAAAAUCGUUGUUGUAGAAUUCAACAUAGUGAGUUGUACAAAAUAAACCUUUGUAUCUUUGAUAAAGACGAGAAAAAGAAGAAUCAUUUUGGUCAUGUUUUGAAGAGCAAUAGAAUGGGUGUUAUUCGGUUUCAUAAUCAUUCUCCGGUGCUAGCAAUGGCUUCUUGCGGUGUAGGUGAGGUGGCGGCGAAGAAUAAUAGUGUUUUCCGGUUGGCACCGCCGACAACGGUUGGUGGGGUAGGGCUAUCACAAAGGUAUGCAAAUGUGAUUCUUUUCACUGAGAGGAUUGUGCAUGCUUCGGCGGCGAUUGGAGACGACGCUCGAAAGCUAUUAUACGAGAUGUUACCGGAGAGGUUGAAGGUGAAGUUGAGAGGAAAAUUGAGGAAAAUGCGGUUGAAAUGGGAGGAAACUUCGGACGAAGAGGAAGAGGGGGAGGAGGAAUGGACGACAUCUGAACGGCGCGGCGCCGCGGAGGAGGUGAUGAAUUGGUUGGCACCAUUGGCACAUGAUACAUUGAAGUGGCAGGCAGAGAGGAAUUUAGAGAAACAAAAGUUUGAGACUAAACCAACUGUGUUAUUGAUGCAAACUUUGCAUUACUCUAAUUUGGAGAAAGUGGAUGAAGCAAUUGUUGAUGUUUUGGUUGGUUUGAGUUGUGCAUAUUGGAACCAAAAACAAUGGUAG